GAGCAACAUAGUGAUUCAAAACAGUUUGCUGUGAAUCACCGGAGGAGCAACUUCAACAUCAUUUCUUCUUUCACCACACAACACAUCUCACGAUCAUUGAGUUCUUUUUCCCCAUUUGUUUUGCCUGUGCUCUUGAGGAUUUUUUUUGCUUUCUUAAGAAAAAAAAUAAUUUCAGUGUGAUUAAAUCAUUAUUAAAUUUUUGGUGAAGGAAAAUUAUAUUGGAAGCAUCGUAAAAUUUUUAAGGCAUCUUGUCGCUUCAAUUACUCCGCACAGACAAGUGGCUUAGUGUCGAGGAGAUUGCUGUCUUCGCACAAGGAGCAUUAUAGCAAAAACAACAUAAAAAUCUGGAAGAAUAUAAAAAUUCUUCGUAAGACAUCAUGAGGAGGAUUACAUUAAUUCUAAGCCUUUCCAUCUAUUUGUGUGCGCACAAAACGAUAGCCGCAGAAAUUUCCAGUGAAUCAUCUGCGUCCCCGGGAAAGAAAUUGCCUGACACAAAGAUCUCCUACAUCAGACCAGCCCCAAUGACUCAUUCGAAUGCACAUCAUCCCGAGGGCAGAAAGCUACUGCAAAGCAGAGAUUCUGCAAAAUCCACGGCACGUGAAAUUAUAGCAGACAAACGGAAAUUAUCGAAUCCCGAAGUCUUUAGUAAACUCGGAUUGGGGAAGAUGAAAAUGUCCCCAAAUCACCAUCGUAAGCGAUUAGCUGUGGAGUCGAGGCAUCAUGGACAUCCAGAUGACUCCAAUAUGUACAUCAUAAAGCUCCCACCUAGCAAUAACUACUAUGGCAACCUAAAAUCCCGAACAGACUCCGUUAAUGCCGUAACAGACGACAGUAAGCAGGUCUCAUUGGGAUUUCAGUCAAACGGAAAGCCCGGCAGGAUAUAUCAUUGGAAUUUGCCAGUCCUCAAGAAACUCCUGCACGGCAAUCGUCCCCGAAAUCCCAAUUCGAGGCACACAGACGACGAAUCUGAGCUAAUUGACAUUAAGAACAUUCCAACGUGGAGCAAUACCUGGGACAAUGAAACCAUCGAGAAGCAAUACAGGGAAGGAAGUCCACAGCACGAGAAGAUCCUGAAGAAAAAAUCACCCCAAUACUAUGCACCAGUGAGGGCAAAAAAUUUCCAAAAAUACUUCCCAAGCAAUGGCAAACCCAAAAGCUUCUACGUCAUUAAAAGCCAAAAGUUAAUUCCAUUCAAGCUUUUUAAGAGAAAAUAAGAAAAAAAAACAAAUCAUUCCAUCCAAUAUGCAGCGAGAUAUGUAGAAAAAAAAAGAAAAAAAUUGAAUGAAAUUCAAUUUUAAAAUUUGUACUUAAGUGCUGAGAGACUGGCCGUUCGUUGGCGUCCCGUGCUCCUAAAUGCCUGACAACUAUAUAGGAUAUUUAUUUCCUCGAUUCAAUACGUACAUUAUAAUACUAAAACUUCGCUCAAUCAUAAAACGAAGAAGCAACAAAAAAAAUAAAUUAAAUUAAUCAAUUUAAGUGAUUAAUUGUACUUUCUAUGCGAUAAUUUUAUUGUUAACUUACACAAAAAAUGCGAUUUUUAUACAUUUUUUUACAUGAAAAUAAAAACAAAAAAGCAUAACUUUAAUAAAAUAAAAUAAAAAAAAAAGUACUCUGCGUUGAUACCACUGCUU